CGGCCCGAGCCCAGGCCCAGCUCCUCUGCUCCGGGCCGGGCUUCUCGCCGCCGCCUGCAACGCAGAUCUCAGCCUCUGAACAGCGCCUUCCAUGUGUUAAGGCCAGCUAGAACUUUCCUCACUGUUUUCCCGCCUUUGUAGCCUUCCAUCGUCUCUCGAACAGACUGAAAGUCGCGUCCCGAGAAUAGUAGAGCUAAUGUAAAGACCCAAGUGCAUGCACUUUUUAACAAAAAUUUUGGGAUCCAAAAAAUCUGUUUCUCGGGGCUUCAAAGUAUCAGGAACUGACCUGGAAUCAAAGAUCCAAGUCCAGUUACUCUUAGCUACUACUAAGAGUAACAACUAACAUGGAUACAGUUCCUAUCAUGUGCCUGGCCUCUUUCCAUAAACUUCGACCAUAUAACUUUCAGAACAUUGUGAUGAAGUAGACAUUGUUUUAAAUAAUAUACUUUCCAGGUUCAAAAGAGGUGUGCUGAGACAGAUUUCAGAUGAAAUAUCCUGUAGUGACUUGGCCACUGGAAUCUGGAAAGGUUGGGACAGGAGAUCGAACAUCAGCCCACAGAAUAAAGGAAUUUUCUUAGACUUUAGAGCAGUGGCUCUAAGUUUAGCAGCUUACUAAGAAGGUACUAUUUUGGAUACAAGGUCAAAACUCUGGAAGCUAAUCCUAUUCUUACACCUCGCCCUGGGUCUGCUACUUUCUAGGAGUUUAGCAGCUUAGAGAAUGUAAAGUGUGGCUCACCACCCUCUAUGGGGGUAGCAUUGUGAUCUAAUGGUAUUAGUCCCAUAUCUCAACCGAGAAAAUUUUGUGGCCCAUUGAAGUGGGUAGACUAAUUUCCCCUUUGCCCAGAUUUAUCUUCAUUUGGAACUUGAGCAUGACAUCAUUUAGAGAUGGAAGCUUUGUGGUGUUACCAAUUGAGCCUAUAUUCAGUUAAGGUGGGUGCUAAAUUCAGUGUGGUUGAUGCCCUUGUAAGAAGGAGCAAUGCCAUGCAGGGAAAAAAAUUUCAGCUUUGUUCAACACUGAUUAAGUAUCAUGUGUUUCUGGCUUUUCAAAUACCUCUUUGCAGCACAGUUCAUCUGUGUGAAUCACAUUUAUUGGAUGCUGUCAUAUAAACAGACAUUUCCUGUCCCCACCGCCCAGUCCCAAAUAACUGACAUGAGGCUAAAUAUGAAUUAUAAAUGCUCAGGUGAUAGCUCAGGCUUGUUACUAGCUAACUCCUACAUUUUAAGUUAACCCAUAUUCUUUAUGCUCUGCCACGUACCUUCAUUAGCAUGGCACAUUCAUCUCCUGCUCCCUCUGCUUCUGGCUGGCAAUUCCUGACUCCACCCCUCUUCCCAUCAUCCCUAGUUUGGUUGCCCCGCCUAUACUUCCUGCCUGGCUACUGGCCAAUCAGCGUUUUAUUAAACCAAGUUGAGUGACAAAUCUUUACAGUGUACAAGAGGAUUAUUUCACAGCACUGUCAUCUUUUAGUAGUUGUGGACUGGUUCCUCAGUCCACAGGUACUUAAGUUCCUCCACACAAUGAUAUGGUAUUUGCAGGUAAACUAUUCACAUCCUUUUUAAAUCACUACAACUUAGAUGGUGUACUGGAUGAUUUUGUGCAUCAACUUGACACAAGCUAGAGUCAUCAGAGAGGAAGGAGCCUCAGCUGAGGAAGCGCCUCCAUGAGAUCCAGCUAAUGCGGAUUGUUGAUGAUGAUGUGGGCUGGGCAGCUAUCUCUACCACUAAGCCGGAAAAGGAGGAGGAAGAGGAUGGAGAUUUGCCUGUGGUGGCUGAGUUUGUGGAUGAGCGUCCAGAAGAGGUAAAGCAGAUGGAGGCAUUCCGCUCCAGUGCCAAAUGGAAGCUUCUGGGAGACCAUAGUGAAGAUGGACAUUUCCAUCAUGACACCCCGGAUCCAUCUCCUCCUAGGAGGGUUCGUCAUGACAGCCCAGAUCCAUCCUCUCCCAGGAGGACCCGUCAUGAUACACCAGAUCCAUCUCCUCCUAGGAGGGCCCGUCAUGACACCCCAGAUCCAUCUCCUCCCAGGAGGGCCCGUCAUGACACCCCGGAUCCAUCUCCCCCUAGGAGGGCCCGUUAUGGCACCCCAGAUUCGUCUCCUCCUAGGAGGGCCCGUCAUGAUACACCAGAUCCAUCUCCCCCUAGGAGGGCCCGUCAUGACUCAGACACAUCUCCUAGAAGGGCCCGUCAUGACUCAGAUGCUUCUCCCCCCAGGAAGUCUCAUCGUAAUUCUUCAGGUGUAUCUCCUAGGAGAGGUCAUCAUGGUUCCUCAGGUAUCUCUUCCCCCAGAAGGGCCCAUAACCACUCCCCUGACACAGCCCAACAUAGGAGGACUUUUGACGCUUCAGAACCACAGCAUCUCAGGAAGACCCGUCAUGACUCCCCUAAUUUGGAACUGCCCAGAACCAAAAGUAGUAAAGCUGCAGAAAGAUCCCAGAGGGAGCUGGGACCCUCCCACCUGUCACUCUCCAAGGACAGCAAGUUUGGGCGUGACUCUGACCUUUCUUCACGGAAGCAGCAAGCAAAAGCUCAUUUUGGAGCUAAGAAGCAGCUUGAUCCCAAAGGUGUCUGCCAUAAAGCCUCUGACUCAGAUUUGUCCCCUCCACGGCAAAAACAAAAUUCAAGACACCAGGAUUCUGACUCAGAUCUGUCACCACCACGUAAUAGACAGAGACGCCAGAGCUCUGACUCCGACCUCUCUCCACCCCGGAGAAGACAGAGGACCAAGUCUUCAGAUUCUGACCUCUCUCCUCCUCGAAGGAGUCCCCAUCCUGGGAAGAAGACUGCACACAUGUAUUCCGGAGCGAAAACUGGGUUGGUGACUGAUGUUCAGCAGGAGCAGCAGGAACUCAGGAGACAGGACCAAGACACCACAGCCCUUGGAGCUCAGUUUGAAUUCGCUGAAACUGUAUUUCGAGACAAGUCUGGUCGGAAGAGGAAUCUGAAGCUGGAACGCCUGGAACAGAGGAAAAAGGCAGAGAAGGACUCAGAGCGAGAUGAGCUAUAUGCCCAGUGGGGGAAAGGGCUUGCCCAGAGCCGGCAACAGCAGCAGAAUGUAGAGGAUGCCAUGAAGGAGAUGCAGAAGCCUCUGGCCCGCUACAUCGACGACGAAGAUCUGGAUCGGAUGCUGAGAGAACAAGAAAGAGAGGGGGACCCGAUGGCCAACUUCAUUAAGAAGAAUAAGGCCAAAGAGAACAAGCAUAAGAAAGUGAGGCCUCGCUACAGUGGUCCUGCACCUCCUCCCAAUAGAUUCAAUAUCUGGCCUGGAUACCGCUGGGAUGGAGUGGACAGAUCCAAUGGUUUUGAGCAGAAGCGCUUUGCCAGGCUCGCCAGCAAGAAGGCUGUGGAGGAGCUGGCCUACAAGUGGAGUGUGGAGGACAUGUGACUCCUCCACGGCUGUGUGGUGCUGUGGCGGCGGUGGCGUAGGCUAGCCCGACAUCCGGCUCUGAUGGUCGUCUUGCUGAUGGACACAGACCAGCUUGCUGUCAGUUCUGACCUUUGGACUAGGCGCCUAACCUUGGCUGUGUCCAUGUUGUCUGUGGCUGGCUUUGGCAGGACACGGUGACUUCUUUAUUCCAGGGUUUGUUCUAAACCAGUGUUUCCUUUUUACUUUAAAAAAUAAACACAUAUUUAUUUUUUGUAA